UCAUGUAUAUUUCUCGUGAAUUGCAUCACUUAUUGUUAUUGCACAGCCUACUCAGAAAGUGUAAACAGCUUCGAGGUCAUGAUUUGUUUCGCAGAAUUUUUUCAGUUCGGUCAACAUAUUCUAUUCUACCACCAUUAAAUGUACUGUAUCUGUUUUGUGACAGGUUUCCUGUGGCCAGGGCAGAUAUGUGACUCUAGUACUGUGAGGGGACACCAUUCAAGAACAUGAAGUUUGGAAUGGUGACCGCCUCUUGCAGUGAGCGUUGGGGAAUCAAUCGAGGACGACUGGAGCAUCCACAGUAUCUCAGCAGUGCAAACUGCACACAUCUCUUGCCUUAGAGAGAGAGCUGAGGCCAUUUAGUGGAAUCAUCAGGCUUUGUCCGUGAAUUGAUUGCCAGGCAUCUGAGAAGUCAGUGGGGAUGAAAGUUUGACUAUUGGCUAACACUGCUCGUGAUACUUUGAAGACCUUGCAUUUCAUGUCUCCUAGAAUGAGGCUUGAGUGUUUCUUCAGACUUGUGUCUGUUCUUAGUAGUUCAGUGGUGCCUGAUUUAAAAAGGCAUCACUGACGGUUACAAUACUUUACAUUUUGCAUCAUCUCUGCCAUUGGAAGAAACCCAAUGUCUGCCUGCAGCAGCUCAGCUCCUCCGUCCUUUCCCAAAGCCUACCUCCACUCACAAAUCCCAGCCGUGCCUCUGACCCCCUCACCAUCGCCGAGCCCCCCGGGACCCCUCUACAGCCGCCUGUCCAACGGGAGUCACGGGAGUCACACUCACAGCGCUCCCAGCCCCACUAACUCCCGCAGCUCCUUCCAUGGCGUGUCCUUCCUCCUCCAGAUUGGCCUGACCAGAGAGAUGGUGAACCUGGAAAACCAUGACCUGUCGCUGUCUGCUGUCAAAGACCUGGUCUGCUCUAUAGUCGACCAAAAGUUCCCAGAGUGUGGCUUCUUUGGCAUGUAUGACAAAAUCCUGCUCUUCCGCCAUGACUUGAACUCUGAGAACAUCCUCCAGAGGCUGACAUCAGCAGAGGAUAUCCACGAGGGAGAUCUGAUAGAGGUGGUGCUCUCUGCUUUAGCCACAGUAGGGGACUUCCAGAUCCGGCCCCAUGCUCUAUAUGUCCACUCCUACAAAGCGCCCACCUUCUGUGACUACUGUGGGGAGAUGCUAUGGGGCCUCGUCCGCCAGGGGCUCAAAUGUGAAGGUUGUGGGCUGAACUAUCACAAGCGCUGUGUCUUCAAGAUCCCCAACAACUGCAGUGGGGUGAGGAAGAGACGUCUGUCCAACGUCUCCCCGCCGGGCCCCUCGCUCUCAGUCCCCCGGCCCCUCCCUGGUCCCACCGAACAUGCUGUGGUCGUCCUGGAGGAGCAGCGCUCCCACCAGGAGGCAGGGAAGAGGAUCCUGUCAUGGAGUGGCCGGCCCAUCUGGAUGGAGAAGAUGGUGCUGGGGCGAGUCAAGGUGCCUCACACCUUCGCCAUCCACACCUACACCCGGCCAACCAUCUGUCAGUACUGCAAACGGCUGCUCAAGGGCCUGUUCCGCCAGGGCAUGCAGUGCAAAGAUUGUAAAUUCAAUUGCCAUAAGCGGUGUGCAUCAAAGGUACCAAGAGACUGCUUGGGCGAGGUUUCCUUCAAUGGAGAGCCUGCCAGCCCGGGACCUGACUCUGACAGUACCAUGGAGGUGGAUAGUAGUGAUGUGGAGAGCACCAGAGGACUACUGGAUGACUCUGAGGAACCUUCAACCCCAGAACACAAGAUGUUCUACAUAGACUCUCCUUUCCUGGACCGCGAGAAGGACGAGGAGCCGAUCAAGACCAUCAGCCCAUCCACCAGCAGUAACAUCCCUCUGAUGCGGGUGGUCCAGUCCAUCAAACAGACCAAGAGGAGGAGCUCCACCAUGGUGAGGGAGGGCUGGAUGGUCCACUACACCAGCAGAGACAACCUGAGGAAGAGACACUACUGGAGGCUGGACACCAAGAGCCUCAGCCUGUUCCAGAACGACACUGGAGCCAAGUUUUAUAAGGAGAUCCCUCUCUCAGAGAUCCUGCAGGUGGAACAGUCGAGGGACCUCAGUAGCCUAGCCCAGGGCAGCAACCCACACUGCUUUGAAAUCAUCACCUCCACCAUGGUCUACUACGUUGGGGAGAACAACGGGGGCCAAUACCACAGCCCCGCGCUGACAGCCUCAGGCGUGGGCAUGGAGGUGGCCCAGGGCUGGGAGAAGGCCAUCCGUCAGGCCCUGAUGCCUGCCACACCCCAGCCCAGUGUGGCCACCGCAGCCAGGCAGGGGAAGGACCACAAACAAGAGGUGUCUAUCAGCAUAUCUGUGUCCAACUGCCAGAUACAGGAGAAUGUGGAUAUCAGCUCUGUAUACCAGAUCUUCUCUGAUGAGGUGCUAGGAUCUGGACAGUUUGGGAUUGUGUAUGGAGGGAAACACAGAAAGACUGGAAGAGAUGUGGCAAUCAAGGUGAUUGACAAGAUGAGGUUUCCUACCAAGCAGGAGAGCCAACUGAGGAACGAAGUGGCCAUUCUCCAGAACCUUCACCAUCCUGGCAUCGUCAACCUGGAGUGUAUGUUCGAGACGCCUGAGAGGGUGUUUGUUGUCAUGGAGAAGCUCCAUGGAGACAUGCUGGAGAUGAUCCUGUCCAGUGAGAAGAGCAAGCUCCCAGAACGCAUCACCAAGUUCCUGGUCACACAGAUCCUGGUGGCUUUGAGACAUCUGCAUUUCAAGAACAUCGUCCACUGUGACCUGAAGCCCGAGAACGUGCUGCUGGCCUCAGCAGAACCCUUCCCUCAGGUUAAACUGUGUGACUUUGGCUUUGCCCGUAUCAUCGGUGAGAAGUCGUUCAGGCGUUCGGUGGUGGGUACUCCGGCCUACCUGGCCCCAGAGGUGCUGCGUAGUAAGGGAUACAACCGCUCCUUGGACAUGUGGUCAGUGGGGGUCAUCGUUUACGUCAGCCUCAGCGGGACAUUCCCCUUCAACGAGGACGAGGACAUUAACGACCAGAUCCAGAACGCUGCCUUCAUGUACCCACCCCAGCCAUGGAAGGAGAUCUCUGCAGACGCUACAGAUCUCAUUAACAACCUCCUACAAGUGAAGAUGAGGAAGCGGUACAGUGUGGACAAGUCCCUCAGCCAUCCUUGGCUACAGGACUACCAGACGUGGCUGGACCUCAGGGAGUUUGAAACACGGUGUGGCGAGCGUUACAUCACCCACGAGAGUGACGAUGUGCGCUGGGAGGAGCAUGCAGACGAGCAUAGCCUGGUCCACCCUAAACACUUCAUUAUGGCGCCCAACCUGGACGAUAUGGAGGAGGGCCCCUAGUGGCCAAGAAGCCAUGUUACAGGUUACAGGUGUGGCCAAGAGGAAAACGUCAGGAACCUCUGCAGGUUGUUGACCUUUGGAAGCAUUCCCUCUAAAACUGGUUGGGAAAGGGUCAGACACCCCUGUGCAGGGACUGUGUGACAGAGGAUUCUGACCCAAGACUCUGUGGUUAGACAUACUGCCACAGGGAGCAGACAGGUGGCUCUGUGGAGGCCCCUGUUUCUUUAGGACACCGCAGUGGAACCAAAAACUUUGGGAGAAAGACAUUUCUUUUCUUUUUUUCUUUUUUUUUCUUAUCUUGUAGAAUCAUUCCAGCUCAACUUCAUUGGUCCUUUUGGGAAAUACAUCAUUAUUACAAACCAAAGGACAAUUAAAGUUGAAGGGAUAUCAUUUCCUCAACAUUAGGAGUGAGUAAUGGUAUGCCAUUCUACCUGUGAAGGGCUUACAGAGUAGUGAGCUUAAAGGGCACUUAUCACAAGGGAUUUGUAUCCACAGAAAGAUUGGAAUGCGUAGGUAUUUGCAAACACAACUUUGUGCUUAUUCCAAGACAGUUUUGAAACCAUGUCCUUUGAUGGUAUGAAACUGGAACUCUCAUUUGUAUGUAGAUGUUGUACUUUACUAAUGGGAGGUAGAUUUUUGCACUAUACUACCAUCAAGCCUAACAAUUUGAAGUUGAAAAGUUAAAGCUGCUACAUCAGUUUCCCUAGAGAAAAUGACAGAAAGUGUUGACUGACACAUAACUUAAAGUUUGUGCUAAGAGCUUGAUACAGUAAUGCCUAGGUGAGUAGCAUAGAGAUUGUGAAAAUGGCUGCAAUACAAAGCCUUUAGUAGAGCACCUGUCAUAAACAGUGAGCAAGUAAAUCAAAAGGCGCAGGGACCAAAGACUGAAUCCAGCUAAUUGAUAUUAUUCAUCUUCAAUUUCCCUGUCUUCACAUGACCAAUAACUCAUCUGUUUUUCUAAUGGCUGUCUUAUCAUUGUGGUUCACUCUACUUCGUUGUCUAGAAAGUGGCUUGACUAUUGUACAUUCCAAGCAGGGUUCGAGCCAAACCUGGUGAUGGGGCCACUACCCCUCAAGGUAUUACAGUAGCUAUCUACAGUUGAAGUCAGAAGUUUACAUACACUUAGGUUGGAGUCUUUAAAACUCGUUUUUCAA